AUGCCUCCACCGAAGAAAAAGACGAAAACCUCGCAUCAGAACGAUAAGGCACCAUCUGUGCUUCUAUCCGACUUUCGCACAGCGUGGCCCCUUCAGACUGGUGAAGAGACAAUUUUAGUCAAGGUCAAGGACGAGGAAUUUAACGUCCACAAGGCAGUACUUAUUCAACACUCGCACUACUUUAAGGCAUCGACAAAACCGUGUUAUGACGAAUCUGGAGGCGAAAUCGCGUUUGAUAACAUCGACCCUAAGUAUUUUGCCCUGUUCCUCGGAGUGGCAUAUAGUUAUUCAUCCAUUGUCCCUCAUGGGACGCCGAUUCCUGCAGCGAAUCCAGAAGCGCAGUCACAAAGAACGCCGAUGCGUGAUUACGUCGAAGUCUACAAGUUGUGCGAUCGCUUCGUCUGCCCAAUUAUUGCCCCUUACAUCCUACAAUGCAUUCUUGCAUUGAUUGGCGACCGUCAUAGGGCAUUAUAUCGCUCAGCACUCGAUAAGGUGCAGCAGUUGUGGUGCACAGACGACUUUGCCGAUGCUUUCGAGGCUCUCGAGCAAAAUCAUGGGGAACAAAAGAAGCUUGGCGAGUUGAUGAUUGAGUAUUUCUGCGAAGGCGUGAAUUUCAGAUCAUGGGAAGUGUCAGAGGCAGAAAUGGAAAGCAGACCUGCCUUUGUGUUGCGAGUUUCGCAGUAUUUUGCCUCGAAGCUUGCACUCCUAUUAGAGCAGCGGACCAAGCUGAAGCGGAAGGAGCUCAAGAUACCUACGGUCGAAGAUUGA